GUUACUCACCACCGGGAAUGCUCUUGCCUUGGGGCUGGAUUGUCUUCCUGAGUCCCAGAAGUAACCGAAGGAGCUCCCUGCCAUGGAAACCCCUGGGGAGCCUGGGGCAGGCCCUCUUGGAGCCCCCAGCCCUUCCAACUCCUCUGCGCCUGGGCACCUGGAGACGGAAAAGCCAGCCCAGGACCCGCUGUACGACGUGCCCAGUGCCGGCGGGGUGCAGGCAGGUGGGCCCCAGCGGCCGGGGCGCGCCGUGAGCCUGCGGGAGCGCCUGCUGCUCACACGGCCAGUGUGGCUGCAGCUACGGGCCAACGCGGCGGCUGCGCUGCACGUGCUGAGAGUCGAGCCCCCCGGGACAUUCCUGGUGCGGAAAUCUAACACUCGCCAGUGCCAAGCUCUGUGCGUGCGGCUGCCUGAGGCCAGUGGCCCUUCCUUCGUCUCCAGCUACUACAUCCAGGAGAGGCCCGGGGGCGUCUCCUUGGAGGGAUCUGAGCUCGUCUUCCCUGACCUAGUCCAGCUCAUCUGCGCCUACUGCCACACCCGGGACAUCCUCCUCCUCCAGCUCCAGCUCCCCAGAGCCAUCCGCCAGGCAGCCACCCACAAGGAGCUGGAAGCCAUCUCCCAUUUGGGCAUUGAGUUCUGGAGCUCCUCCCUCAACACCAAGGCUCAGCCAGGCCCAUGCGAAGGCCCACCGCUGCCCCGGCUGAAACCCCGCUCCCCACAGGAGCUGGACCAGGGCACCGGAGCUGCCCUGUGCUUCUUCAAUCCCCUGUUCCCAGGGGAUCUGGGCCCCACCAAGCGGGAGAAAUUCAGGAGGAGUUUCAAAGUAUGCGUAUCCACAGAGACCUCUAGCCCCCUGUCUCCACCCGCUGUGCCGCCUCCCCCUGUCCCAGUACUGCCACAGGCAGCCCCCAACCAUACAAAAAGGUUGCCCCCUCACCAGCUGCUGCGGAGGGAGAGCUCAAUGGGGUACCGUGUGCCAGGGGGUGCCAGCCCCAGCCUCCCUCCGCUUCCCUCCCUCCAGGAGGUAGACUGUGGUUCCCCCAGCAGCUCCGAGGAGGAGGGGAUACGGGGGUCUCAGGGGAGUCCAGUGACCUCACCCUGCCUGAGUCGCAGGGGUCGCAGGCGGCCUUUGCUUCGGUCCAUGAGCGCUGCCUUCUGCUCUCUGCUGGCACCUGAGCGGCAGGUGGACCGGGCAGCCUCGGCAUUGAUGCAGGACCGCCACACAGCUGUGGGCCAGCUGGUGCAGGACCUACUGACGCAGGUGCGGGCUGGCCCGGAGCCCCAGGAGCUGCAGGGUAUCCGUGAGGCACUGAGCAAGGCCCGGGUCAUGCUGAGCGCUGAGCUAGGCCCUGAGAAGCUGCUGCCGCCCGAUAGACUGGAACAUGUCCUGGAGAAGUCACUACAUCGCUCGGUGCUCAAGCCUCUCCGGCCCAUCCUGGUGGCCCGACUCCAGCGCCGGCUUUCUGCCGAUGGCUCCCUGGGCCACCUGGCUGAAGGCUUCCGCCUGGCCCGGGCCCAGGGCCCUGAAGCCUUCGGGUCCCACUUGAGCCUGCCCUCCCCGGCAGAGAUGGAGCAGAUUCGCCAGAAGCUGCUGCAGCUGCUCCGCACCUCCUCGCCCAGCGCCCAGGUCAAGCGGCUCCUACAGACCUGCAAGCUGCUCUACACGACCCUGAGGACCCGCGUGGGAGAGGGCGCAGGGGCCGAUGAGUUCCUCCCGCUGCUGAGCCUGGUCCUGGCCCAGUGCAACCUUCCUGAGCUGCUGCUGGAGGCCGAGUACAUGUCAGAGCUGCUGGAGCCUGCCCUGCUUACCGGAGAGAGUGGCUACUACCUGACCAGCCUGUCUGCUAGCCUGACCCUGCUGCGUGGCCUGGGCCAGGCCCACACCCUCCCCCGGAGCCCCUCGCAGGAGCUGCAGCAUUCCCUCAGCCUCUGGGAGCAGCGCCGCCUGCCCGCCACCCACAGCCUCCAGCAUCUCCUCCGAGUAGCCUACCAGGACCCCAGCAGUGGCUGCACCUCCAAGACCCUGGCUGUGCCCCCAGAGACCUCGAUUGCCACCCUGAACCAGCUCUGUGCCACCAAGUUCCGAGUGACCCAGCCUGAGACUUUUGGCCUCUUCCUGUACAAGGAGCAGGGCUAUCACCGCCUGCCCCCUGGAGCCCUGGCCCACAAGCUUCCCACAACCAGCUACCUCGUGUACUGCCGCCAGGCUGAGUGGCCUGAGACACAGGGGGCCUCACUUGGGGGUGCAACAGAGGAGGGCAGUGGGGAACCAGGGGCAGGGGGCAAGGAGGAGGAGAAAGAGGGCCGGGGAGAUGGGGACACUGAGGUCAAAGCCAGUCAAAGAGACAGUAGGGGACAGUCUGUGACAACUGCCAUGCAGGACGAGAGCCAGGCCGGGGGAGGCCCUGCCCAGCCAGGCGGGCCAGGGGCUGAGGGACGCCAGGCAGCAGAAGAGUAGCUGGGAGUGGCCAGAAUGGCCCUUGGGGGCAAGAAGCUCAGCCUGCUGGGAAGGCCGUUUGGAGCCAUCAGCCUCGCUGACCAAGGCCAUAGCCCCUUAGCCUUCUCCCGCUGGCCUCUCUGGUGUCUGCCCUGCCUUUGCCGACACUUAUUCCUGUGACCUGCCUGCUGGGGGAGCGCCUGGACGGCCACAUCGGGGACACUGAGUCAAGUCGAGGGAGCUUGGGCGACCCAGACCAAGGGCCCAAGGUCCUUUGCCUCUUGCCCUUCUACCCCAGCUGGAGGCCGGCCCGCCUGCAGUGGUGAGUGUGCCCAACCUCUGGCAGCCGGGGAGGGGCCACUGCCCAGCAGCCCCUCUGAGCGGGAUCCCCAGACCCUGAAAGGCUCCGCCUACUCCUGGGUGUCAGGAGGAUUCAAGGAGGCAGCAGGAGCCGAGGCCCAGUCCUGUUCCAGACCACCACCUACCUGGAGGAUUCACACCCCCAAACCUCAGUGUCCUCACUGUAAAGGGGGGUGCCCUGCCAUCCUGUCUUUUCCCAGAAGCCUUCCAGGAGCCAAAAUGGAUGGUUUUGCUACAGAGCAGAGCUCAGUCUGUGGGAAGGAGGGGGAAGGAGGGGGGAUGUUAAUGCUGCCAAAGGCUGAUACCCUCGUCAGCCUGCCCCCACCCUGGAGGAACACUCACGUUCGAGUCUUUCCCCACGAUGGGACGUCCUCCCAGACCCUCAGCAUCCCCGGGGGGAUCGGACAGGGAGACAGGCUUCCAAAUGGGUGGGGGAGGGGAGCUUGCAAACCAUUUUCUCUGCACUUGACUCUUGGGCCUCACCGGAGCUUUAUGGGUGGCCAUGCUCAUUACACACUGACAUUCGGGAGAGCGACUCACGAUAUCACACAGCAGGCCAUUAGGGGUUCCCCCACCCAAGCCAGGGCGUCAGGUUCCAACUGCAUCCUCAGCCCUUCUAAGCCACCAGUAAACUAACGCUCUGAACCCAGUAGAGCAGGCAGCACAUCUGAGCAAAGAAAAUGCCGGCAAUGGCCACAAGGAGGUGCCUGCAGCCCAGGAAGCUACAGAAUGGGUGACACCAAGGGGCCAGGGUGGCUCCAGGGCCUCAGCAGCAUAAGUAUCCACAGACUUUGCACUUUGCAGCCAGCCACCAGGCAGCUGGGGACAGCAGGGGCUGAGACUGCUGGCCCCCAGCUCCCUGGGGGUCGGGUCUGGAUGAGGCCAGCCUCACUGGGACCGCUACCUGGGAAGGAACUAUUCCCUGGUGGAGGGAGGGCCCUGGCUAGUCUCGGAGGCGGUCCCUCGGGUGCUGUGCACUAAGGGACAUCCGUCUACUGUCAGACAAACGUGACAACUGGAAGGUGGAAAUCCUGGGUGUUGGGAUUUCAGACAACCCACGUGCAGGGCUCCCAAAUUUCUCGCUAGGCCACCGGCAACACUUCCCACGUCCACCCCCACCCCCAGCUUCUCACUGGCUGGGGAGUCUCCCCUUUGGCUUUUGUAUGUCCUCCCUAUCCCAUGCCCGACCCCCUACCCCCGUGCCUUGCACAGUGCUGGGCACUCCAC